GCGUUGAUGAAUUCAUUUAACGAUCAAUCUGGCAAUCAUCGAUCAUUGGCCAACGGUAUCAUCACCAAAUUCAACUGUGAAUUGAUUGAUUGUGUCAAGUGCAUUGUCAAAGUGUGGAUAACGAAUUUCCUGGUAAGUUUAUUCAAAUCUCGAAUGCAAAUGUCGCUUAUGCAUGGCCACAUUGUAUGAGAAGAGUGGCACAGCAAUAAACAAUAGUGAACAGUGGUAGACAUCAGCUAUCAGCUAUUAGCAAUAAGCUAUCAUCCACACACACACACACACACACACAAACAUAUCGAUUGAUUGAUCAUCAUCCUGUUUCGAAGAAGGGAAAAUGUUUUCGACCAAAUAUUACAAUCGCUAUUUGGACGAUCACUUCGAUCGACAGUACUACUCGGGACGGCUUAAACUGAAAAAGUUCGACACUGACGAAUUUCAAUCAAUGAUCAACGCCAAUCAACCCAAUUUGCUACCUAUGGCACCUGAGCCAGGUCCACCGUGUAUCGAGACACGAAAUCUUUCGUUCCACUAUAAGGCCAGCAAUCCGGUUCUCAAAAACAUCACAAUCAACGUACCACAAGGCAGAAUCUAUGCUCUUCUUGGCUCGAGCGGAUGUGGCAAGACCACAUUAUUGCGAAUGAUUCUCGGAAUGCUCAAGCCGAAAACAGGCACAAUUCGAGUGUUUGGAAUGCAACCGGGAACUGCUGAGGUCAAAAUACCGGGCCCUGGUGUCGGUUACAUGCCACAAGACUUAGCACUGUUCCGUUUGUUCAACAUAGAAGAAACGUUCGAAUACUAUGGCCGUCUUUACGGCAUCCCGAUUGAGACGAUCAAAGAGAGAAUCAAGUACUACAUCGAAUUUCUCAAUCUUCCGGUCAAGACUCGUCUCAUCACACAGUUAAGUGGUGGUCAGCAGCGUCGGGUCUCGUUAGCAGUAACUCUUAUGCAUCAGCCACCAUUACUCAUUCUAGACGAACCGACAGUGGGCGUCGAUUCUGUGCUUCGGCUCAAGAUAUGGAACUACCUGGAAGAAUUGUGUACCAAACUGGGCACCACUGUGAUAAUUACCACGCAUUACACGGAAGAAGCUCGUAAUUCAUACAGGGUAGGCUUUGUGGACUCUGGUAUUAUUCUGGCCGAGGACAACCCACAACGACUGCUGUUCAAAUACAAUUGUCGUUCUUUAGAGGAUGUCUUUCUUGAAUUAUGCCUAGAACGUGCUCGUCAGCCAGAAAUCAGCAACGAGAACAAACCACAAAUCAGCCAACAUUGUUCGAUACCGGAAGUAACAGUGCAGAUUAUUGUUGAGGAAAGCAAUGACAACCACCAUGAAUCAAGUGAGAAUAGCAGCGACGGAUCUAUCGAACAAAUCGAAAUGAGCCAAAUCCCCAGAGAUAUGAACAACAACAAUAAUAAUAGCCAAACAAGUCAGGAGUUUAAGGCCACAGAUGACACUCUCAUUUCGCCAAUAUUACCAACACCACCCAUACAUCCAAAUGCUCCACAAGCAAACAUGGAUGGGGCCACCAACACUAAAUUGCCAUGGCUUGAUUAUAGUCGUCUGCACGCACUACUGGCCAAGAAUUAUCUGCUUUAUCGACGAAAUCCAGUUUCCAUCAUCCUGAUGAAUAUCAUUCCAUUGGUGCAGGUCACUCUCUUCUGUGUAACGUUCGCUCGUAAUCCGGAAAAUAUACCGGUUGCCGUGGUCAAUCAUGAAAACCGAACUCAAUCCCUGUCAAACUUGUUUAUCGAUCAAUUAGACCAACAAUCGUUGUCGCUUCACUAUUUCGACAACUUGGACGAUGCCAUAAAAUCAGUUCACGAUUUACAAACACGAAAUGUCAUCACGUUUCCAAGCAAUUUUUCUAGAUUUUUCCGCAAAAGAUUCUUAAAACCGGAACAGAUUACUGACGAAAUCAUCGAACAGAGUCGAAUCAGUCUCUAUCCCGACACAACCCAUGCCGUAUUCUAUCUUUACACUUACCAAAAAGUGCUCGAAGGGUUCGAGAAGUUUUUAACAACCGUAGGCAAAAGCAUGGGAUUCAAUCCAAACUUCUUUGGCUCGCCUGUUGUGCUUACAGAGACCAUGUAUGGCCAGAACAGCCUUCAAUAUUUGGAAUUCGUGACUCCUGGAAUGAUUAUCGCCGUCGUACACGGUCUAUCCAUGCUGAUCGGAUCGUUUACAAUCAUCAGAGAACGGUUUGACGGCCACCUGGAGCGUGGUUUCGUUGCUGGAAUUCGAACUACAGAGAUCCUUCUCUCGCACAUUAUAUUCUACUUGGUGCCACUGUUUACACAGGUGGUACUGGUCUUGUUUCUUACGUUUUACAUAUUCGACAGCCAAUCACUGGGUUCCUUGUGGGAGGUGUUUCUCAUGACCUUCGUAAUGGCAUCACAAGGCUUGAUUUUCGGUAUCACAAUGUCGAUCACAUGCCAAUCUCAAGUUGCAUCUUUGUUGAUGGUGUUCAUCAUGGAAAUGCCAAUGAUAUUUACGUCCGGUGUCCUGUGGCCAUUGGAAAGCGUACCACCACUGGUGAAAACAUUGGCCAUGUUCAACCCGCUAACAUUGCCUAUCCGUUCUCUGCAUUACAUAAUGUUACGUGGUUGGACUUUGAUGCGUCCUGAUGUUGCCGUCGGAUUGAUAUCGGCAGUGUCCUACUUGUUUGUCUCACUCAUAUCGGGCUUUGUCUGGUUCGAAUUGUUUAAAUAAUGCACACCCUGAGAAAAAAGACAUUAGGUUUAUUUGCCAAAAAUGAAUUUUAUGUAAUGAGAACAAUAAAGUAUGCUUACAUUUAUUAA